AUGGAAAUAGGGCAAGCACAACCAUUUCCAGGCAAGGUGGAACAAUCCAUGGAAAAUCCGACCUUGCCAGAGAACACUCCGAGAUCGAUGGAAAUAGGGCAAGCACAACCAUUUCCAGGCAAGGUGGAACAAUCCAUGGAAAAUCCUACCUUGCCAGAGAACACUCCGAGUUCGAUGGAAAUAGGGCAAGCACAACCAUUUCCAGGCAAGGUGGAACAAUCCCUGGAAAAUCCGGCAUUGGUAGGUAACACUCCGAGACCGGCGGAAAUAGGCCAAGAACAACCAUUUCCAGUGGAAAUAGGGCAAGCACAACCAUUUCCAGGCAAGCUGGAAUUGUUUCUGGAAAUGGAAAACUUUCCAUUAGAUUUUACCCGUUUGGAAAUGUUCCAGACCGAUAGCUUCAACACUGUGCAAACGCUUCCGACAUUGACAGGGAACGAUACGUGCCCGAUGGAAAUAGGGCAAACACAACCAUUUCCAGACAAGGUGGAACAAUCCAUGGAAAAUCCAACCUUGCCAGAGAACACUCCGAGAUCGAUGGAAAUAGGGCAAGCACAACCAUUUCCAGGCAAGGUGGAACAAUCCCUGGAAAAUCCGGCAUUGGUAGGUAACACUCCGAGACCGGCGGAAAUAGGCCAAGAACAACCAUUUCCAGUGGAAAUAGGGCAAGCACAACCAUUUCCAGGCAAGGUGGAACAAUCCAUGGAAAAUCCGACCUUGCCAGAGAACACUCCGAGAUCGAUGGAAAUAGGGCAAGCACAACCAUUUCCAGGCAAGGUGGAACAAUCCAUGGAAAAUCCGACCUUGCCAGAGAACACUCCGAGAUCGGCGGAAAUAGGCCAAGCACAACCAUUUCCAGGCAAGGUGGAACAAUCCCUGGAAAACCCAACUUGGACAGAGAACACUCCGGGAUCGACGGAAAUAGACCAAGCACAACCAUUUCCAGGCAAGGUGGAACAAUCCCUGGAAAAUCCGACCUUGCCAGAGAACACUCAGAGACCGAUUGAAAUAGACCAAGAACCAUUCCUGGAAAAGAAUGCCUUGAGGCCAGAUGGUGAAUACAUCUUCAUUUUAUGGAAAGCAGACAAAGGUUAA